AUGAGUCCGGCCGGGUGCUCCCAUGUGAACGGUUAUAAGGUGGAUAAUUGGAAACAAAACCUCCGAGUCAUAUACCAAUGCUUUGUCUGGAGUGGCACUGCUGAGACCAGGAGACGCAAGGUGCUUCAGAGUGAUGCAGGAUGGACAGAUCUGGCCAAGUCGUGUAUCUGUCACAUGUGUGGCGCCCACCUGAAUCGACUCCACUCUUGUCUGUACUGCGUCUUUUUUGGCUGUUUUACAAAGAAACACAUUCACGAACACGCAAAAAACAAAAGACACAAUCUAGCAAUAGACUUAUUAUAUGGUGGAAUAUACUGUUUUGUGUGUCAAGACUACAUAUACGACAAAGACUUGGAACAGAUUGCCAAAGAGGAACAGAGGAAAGCCUGGAAAUUGCAAGGAAUUGGGGAGAAAUACACAACGUGGGAGCCCACUAAGAGAGAGCUAGAGUUAUUACGACACAAUCCAAAGCGAAGGAAAAUCACUACCAACUGUACCAUAGGUUUACGAGGGCUAAUAAACCUGGGCAACACGUGUUUCAUGAACUGUAUCGUCCAAGCCCUAACUCACACGCCGCUGCUGCGAGACUUUUUUCUCUCUGACAGACACAAGUGCGAGAUGCAAUCAAACUCCUGUCUGGUGUGUGAGAUGUCGCAGCUUUUUCAGGAGUUCUACUCGGGCCACCGUUCACCGCACAUUCCCUUCCGCCUGCUGCACCUGGUUUGGACUCACGCACGGCACCUCGCAGGUUAUGAGCAGCAGGAUGCCCACGAGUUCCUUAUUGCGGCGUUGGAUGUUCUACAUCGGCACUGCAAAGGAGACACAAUAAGAGACGACAACGGGAAGAAGACCAACAAUCCAAAUCACUGUAACUGCAUCAUUGACCAAAUCUUUACUGGGGGCCUACAAUCUGAUGUUACCUGUCAGGUUUGCCAUGGGGUUUCAACAACCAUAGAUCCAUUUUGGGACAUCAGUUUGGAUUUGCCAGGUUCAUCUACGCCUUUUUGGCCUCUGAGCCCCGGAGGGGACAGCGGCACAGUCAACGGCGAGAGCCACCUGUCAGGAUCCACCACACUCACAGACUGCCUACGCAGGUUUACACGGCCUGAGCAUCUUGGAAGCAGUGCCAAAAUCAAGUGUGGGGGUUGCCAUAGUUACCAGGAGUCCACCAAACAGCUGACAAUGAAAAAGCUCCCCAUUGUAGCAUGUUUUCAUCUCAAACGGUUUGAGCAUUCUGCUAAAUUGCGGCGGAAGAUCACUACAUAUGUUUCCUUCCCUUUAGAGCUGGACAUGACACCUUUCAUGGCAUCCAGUAAAGAGAGCAGAAUGAAUGGGCAGUAUCAACAGUCAGUGGACAUAUUGAACAACGACAAUAAGUAUUCCUUGUUUGCUGUGGUCAAUCACCAAGGCACAUUGGAGAGCGGCCACUACACUAGCUUCAUCCGUCAACACAAAGACCAGUGGUUCAAAUGUGACGAUGCCAUUAUCACCAAGGCCAGCAUUAAGGAUGUACUUGAUAGCGAGGGGUAUCUUUUAUUCUACCAUAAACAGUUCCUUGAGUAUGAAUAAAUCCUCUGACCUUUGAUCAGGAAGAACCACUGCUUCAAAGGGGAGAGCGAAGAGACAAGGGUGCAGGACGAAACGAAAACACACAAACCUACCUGAAACCUUUUUCAACUACCAGUCUGCUCCUUCACUGAGAGCUAUUUAAAAAAAAAAAGACAUAAAAUCAUGGAAACUAAUAAAAAAGAAAAGCACUGAGCUACUUCUUGGCAUCUACUUGACAAAACUGAAUGAAAAGGAAUGCUGGUGGAAAAGUCGUCCAUCACCUGUUCAGAUGUGGGCUCAGGGAAGAGGCUCCAGACCCCUCAGUCUCUCUGUCCCCUGACCCCCUUUUGCUGCAGGGAUGGAGUGUGAUACUGGGCACACCUGGGAUUUUCUUACAGUAUUCUAAUCUCCAUGCCCCCUCCCCUUCCAUUUCUCUCCCAUGGUGCUCUCAUUUCAACUGACCAAGCAUUUAAACCUGCUCAUAAUGAGGAUCAUAUGCAUAUAGGACUAAAUGCAAACAAAAAAAUAAGCCCUAACACAGACCAGUGUAUUGCAACUUCUGCUAGGACCCUUUUGAAGGUUUGGUCAGGAUUUUUAUCAUUUGUGACUUUAGUUUUGAAAUACUGUAUGAAUCCUAGCAUACAUCUACGUUUAAGAGCAAAGAAAACAUGGGAGAGCUUAGAAACGCUGCCUUUUCAGUUGCUGGAGAAGCGCUGCCAUGGAAACUAAACA